GGUGACACAGCCUCUUCCGGCCAGCUCAUCUGAACUCUGCUGUCAGUUCAAAUGUGUCACUUUCUGACAAUCAGUCAAAUAAUCCAUCGCUUCACUUUAAAGUAGGCAGAAGAAAGAGAAACCUGGUCAAAAUGGUGUCACUGACGAUGAUUGUUCGUGUCGCCGACGGACUGCCACUUGCUGCAUCAAUGCAAGAGGAUGAGCAGUGUGGACGAGACUUGCAGAAGUAUCAGAGUCAAGCCAAACAACUGUGCCGAAAACUCAACGAACAGAGUCCUGCACGGUGCACUUUAGAGGCAGGUGCCAUGUGCUUUCACUAUGCCAUUGAGAAAGGAGUGUGUUACCUGGCCUUAUGUGAAGCAGGAUUCUCCAAGAAACUGGCGUUUGCCUAUCUGGAAGAUCUUGAGGGGGAAUUCAGUGAGCAGUAUGGGAACAAGGUCCCAUCAGUGUCACGGCCGUACUCCUUUAUUGAAUUUGACACAUACAUACAGAAGACCAAAAAGUCUUACAUUGACAGCAGAGCACAAAGAAAUCUGGGAAGCAUCAAUUCGGAGUUGCAUGAUGUCCAAAGAAUCAUGGUUGCCAAUAUAGAAGAAGUGCUCCAGCGAGGAGAAGCCUUAUCUGCUUUGGAUUACAAAGCCAGUAACCUGUCCAGUCUGUCUAAGAAGUACCGCAGUGAUGCCAAAUAUCUCAACACUCGCUCCACAUAUGCUAAAGUGGCGGCAGGUGCUGUCAUUUUCAUCACACUCAUUGUGUAUGUACGCUUCUGGUGGCUGUGAAUAUAAAUGACAAAUUCAAGAAACUCUCAGGGCCAUGCUUGAAAUAUGGUUCUUCAUGGCCUUUCGUUUAUGUCUGUUCGAGAGACUGAAUGUAGCUUUGCUCUGUAAAUGGUGUAAGUUUUGUCAAAUUCCUAAUGCUGUAGUCUUUAUACAGUUCUACCCUAACAUUAUUUAUAGCCGUAAGUGGAAGAUGUCAGUAAUUUACUCGUAUUAUUGUAGUCCUGCCUCUUCAGUAUGUUUAUGAAAGAGGUCUUACUGAGCUAUGCAAAGUUUAUGUGGUGUCUACAGGAAAUCACACCAGUGCCUGGUGGAGAAAUGUGUGCAUCUGUGAUAAAGUGCCCAAUACUAAAAACCAAAUAUUUUUUAUUUGAUUUAUUUGUAAAAAAGUAACGUUGGUUUCGGAGUAAAAAUUAUGACAAUUGUAA